UUCAUAUUUCCAGCGAAACAAGGACUAAAGUCACUAUAAAUGCACCUUUAAACGGUUUCGAACUCUUUAUCUUCCAACUUCAUUAAUCGCACAUUUAAACCAUCCAACCCAUAAAUCUCUCUUCCUCUAAACCAAGAUUGCACCAAACCAUGAUUUCAAAUAAGCCAAUCCUCUUCAUUUCGGCACUUAUUCUCAUCAUCUAUAGUCAAGCACAAGCAAAACCACGAGGUGUUACAUUCGACGUGGUUCAGUUGGGUGCUAAACCUGACGGCAAAACUGACUCGUCGAAGGCUUUUAUGGAUGCAUGGAAGGCAGCUUGUGGUUCUGUUGUGUCGGCCUCGAUUUACGUGCCUCCAGGGAGAUUUUUGGUUAAUGGACUGUUUUUUGGUGACCGAUGCGAGAAUAAAAAUAAUGUCUUGUUUCGAAUAGAUGGAGUUUUGGUGGCUCCGGAAGAUUUUCAGGUUACUGGAACUGCGGCAAAUUGGAUAGAGUUUCGUGAAGUUGAUGGUGUGACGAUUAGCGGUGGAAUCCUUGAUGGCCAAGGCAUUGGUUUGUGGGAUUGCAAGUUGGCCGGGGAAAGUUGUCCUCCUGGUGCCACGACACUAGGUUUCACGGCCUCAAAGAACAUUAGAAUCAAAGGGUUAACAUCGUUAAACAGCCAGAUGUUUCACAUUGUUGUCAAUGGAUGUGAAAACGUCAAAAUGGAUGGACUCGAGGUCUCGGCCCCUGGAAAUAGCCCAAAUACUGAUGGAAUUCAUGUUCAAUUCUCAUCUGGAGUCAGGAUUUCAAACACGAAGAUCAGCACAGGAGACGAUUGCAUUUCAAUCGGUGCAGGUUCUACUAAUUUGUGGAUUGAAAAUGUUGCGUGUGGUCCUGGCCACGGCAUCAGCAUUGGGAGUUUGGGAAAAGAGCUUAACGAAUCAGGUGUGGAAAAUGUGACAGUUAAAACAGUUACAUUUUCCGACACACAGAAUGGUGCCAGGAUCAAAACAUGGGGGAGGCCAAGUUCUGGUUUUGUUAAGAAUAUAUUGUUCCAACACAUUAUUAUGAACAAUGUACAAAAUCCUUUGGUAAUUGAUCAAAAUUACUGCCCAAGUAAGAAGGGUUGCCCUGGUCAGAUUUCGGGGGUGAAAAUUAGUGACGUGACGUACCAAGAUAUUCAUGGAACAUCAGCAACGGAUGUAGCAGUGAAAUUUGAUUGCAGCAAGACGGAGCCAUGUGAAGGUAUAAAAUUGGAGAAAGUAGAGCUGACAUAUAGGAGCCGACCAGCUGAAGCGUCUUGUACUAAUGCAGCUGGAACUGAAUCUGGCAUUGUUGUACCAUCAAGCUGUUUGUAGAAAUCUGUCAGUUUUCCAAAUUUUAGUACUGGAGAAACUUUUUGGUAUGGUUGUAAAGGACAAAAACGAACAC